AUGCCUAUUUUGUUCAGUGUGGUUGCUCGUGGAACAGUGGUUUUAGCAAAAUAUGCAACGUGUGCCGGAAAUUUUACAGAAGUUACAGAACAAAUAUUAUCGAAGAUACCGCCCCACGAUGACAAACUUACCUACUCUCACGGAAAUUACCUCUUUCAUUACAUCGCUGAAAACAAGCUUGUUUAUUUCUGCAUUACUGACGACAAAUUCCAACGUUCGAGGGCAUUCCUAUUUCUAAACGAGAUCAAAAGGCGAUUUAUAACAUCAUUUGGGGAUACAGCGCAAACAGCUAUACCAUACGCAAUGAACAGUGAAUUUUCUAGAAUCCUUGCGACAGAGAUGAAGCACUACAGUGACUCUAAAGAUCUUGAAGCCAUAUCCAGAGUGCACGGAGAGCUUGAUGAACUUAAAAACAUUAUGGUCAAAAACAUAGACAGCAUGGCAAUGCGUGGUGAAAAACUUGAACUGCUUGUAAAUAAGGCGGACAAUCUAGCUACCAGCUCUGUAUCAUAUCGAACGUCAGCGAGGACGUUGCAGCGAUCCUUGUUUUGGAAAAACAUGAAGAUGUACUUCAUACUAGCGGUGAUAGCUGCCUUCGCCAUAUAUUUGAUAGGAGCCAUGGCGUGCGGCGGAUUGGCCUGGAAGUCGUGCGUCGCUUAA